UUCUCUCCGACACGUACAUAUUUUAUUUAUUUUAGUCUAUAUAAUCUGUAAGUUAAGGCGUCCUCCGCAUAUGAAUUACCCUGUAUCCAUAACCGGCACGUUUACGCGUGUGCGUGCAUGUGGACGAUAUCCCACGCGUGUAUAACGCGCGUGUACGCGUUCCGAAGUUGACGACGACGAGAAACGACGCGAGACGAUCCGUCUGGUCCGUGCACUUCGUGUGCUGUGCAGUCCAUUGGGAGGAGUCGCGAGAGGAUGAGGUUCGUUCUACUCGUGGUCCUCCUCGGAGCGUGCGCGUGUCACGCUCGCAACGACGAGAUCGAGAUCAAUGAGAUCGACAACGAUGAAUCGGUCGCACGCGAAGAGCAACGCGUGCGCAACAUCACACUCGCCGAGAUCUUUGAGAACGCGGUCCAGGCCUAUCUCGAGGAAGACUGGGACGGCUGCGUCGCGGGAUUUAACGAUGCUCUGCAUGAAUAUAAAGCAUACAAACGUCUGGUGAUAAUUUGCCGGCGAAAAUGUAAAGCUGAGGCGGCAGGUUCUUCGCCAAUCUUCAUGGAGAAUAUCGAGGAUUUGCACUUUUACGAAAGAAAAGUGAAGGAGACGCUUUGUCUAAUGAAAUGUAAUCAGGAUUAUCGAGAAAUCGCAGGUGAGGGGGCGCUUAAACGACUCCCACACGCUACGGAGAAGAAAUUUGUUGACUUUACCAUCUACGAGUAUCUUCAUAUCUGUUAUUUUCAGAAAGAAAGAUAUCAAGAUGCGGCGAACGCAGCUUUCACCUUUCUCUCCCUACAUCCCAAUCACGAGAUGACUAAGAAGAACCUGAAACACUACUUGAAUUUGUCCAACGUGACCGUGGAAAAGGUCGUGAAUUUGGAGGCAGCCCCCUUUGUGCAAAAGUACAUCCGAGGUGUCAAAGCAUACGAAGAUGAAUAUUAUGCGGAAGCUGUGAUCGAAUUUGAAAAUUCACUCGAGCUUUACAUAGAAUCCGAGGAAGAAUGCAGAAUCUAUUGCGAGGGUCCUUUCAAUCAAGGAUGGUAUCCUGAAUUUACCUCUUCGGUAGCAAAUCACUUUACGUUCUGUUUGAAAUGCAAACGUGGAUGUUCGCUUGCAUUAAAUAAUGUAAAUGGCGAUUUUCGGAGUGAUUUGCUUAGAAGUCAUUAUAAUUACUUGCAAUUCGCUUAUUAUAAAUUGGGUAAUUUAAAAGCAGCUUGUGCAGCAGUUGCAAGUUACUUAUUAUUCUUACCUGCUGACGAAGCAAUGUUGCAUAACAAAGACUAUUAUAGCUCUCAACCAAAAAUAAAAGAGCAAUACUUUACACCAAGAGAGGAAGCGCUUUCCUAUGUGAAGCGGCAAGAAUAUGAGCUGUUGCUAAUAAAUUAUAUAGCAGUGGAGUUCGCUGCGAUUGAUGUCAGAUUUAACAAGUUUAAGAAGAUAAAUAUGAAAAAAGCCGACAAGGAGGAAUUAGGGAAGGACUUUUCCUCGAAACCAAUCUUGCAUCCACCUCCUGGUCAUUCGCCAUCCAUUCGAACGCGAUUUGUGGGUAAUCUAUCAUCAUUCCGGGACAAGGAGGAGACGGAGAUACGAGAAGAGCGUGUCAUGGAACAGCUAAAAGUCACGAACAAUACACGAUUGAUAGCAGAAGAAAGCGAGCUUGGCGGAAGGAACCGCUACAUGGCUGAUGGGUUUCUUAAUUCCACCGAUUGCAAUCUGCUCAUGCAACUUGCCCAGAUUGCUGUGGAAGGAGACGGCUAUGAAGAAAACAAAAGUCCACAUUCGUCUUAUGAGCGUUUCGAAGGUGUAACCAUUGGUAGAAUAGCCUUGAUGGUCUACUUCGGUCUAACAAAGCCAGAAUUACUGAAGCUAUUUCUGCAACACACAGAAGAAGCUCGUAAUCACGUGGAAAGGUAUUUCAACCUUGAUCGACCAUUGUAUUUCACCUACACCCAUUUGGUCUGCCGAACAGCUUUACUCGAUUCGCCGGCGAAUAGAACUGAUCUUAGUCAUGAGAUUCAUGCUGAUAACUGCGUAAUAAAAGACGAUGGUUCCUGCUUGCGAGAAGAUCCCGCGUAUACGUGGCGGGAUUAUUCAGCGAUUUUAUAUCUCAAUGAUGAUUUCGAUGGCGGCGAGUUCUUUUUCGUAGAAGACUGGAAGAGACGUCGCGUCCAAGGUAUUGUUCGGCCUCGGUGCGGACGUAUGGUGGCUUUUUCCGCCGGCGGUGAAAAUCUUCAUGGCGUCCAAGGCGUACGUAGUGGCAAGAGGUGCGCAGUGGCGUUAUGGUUCACUCAGGAUGAAAAAUAUUUGGAGUAUGAGAGGGUAGUGGCGAAUACUGUGUUGCAGAGAGUCCACACUUUGGGUACCGUGCAACGUGAGGAUACCCAAAUACCAUUGAAAUAUGAAGACACACUGAUCCAAUGUUUCAAAGAAGAUGAGAUGUUGAGACAGAUAUUGAGAGAAUUUACGCGAGAAGGCACCAAAAAUUGAUAAAAAUUGAUAGCAAUUUACACAAGAUUCAAAUGUCCAAGCAAGUAAAAAAAAGAGAGACAAAUGUAAUGGAUCAUGCAACUACAGAGAGAUUCGAGAGUUUUUAAAUCAUAUUUUACAACAGUAAAUUAUACAUCUAUUAUUAUAGUACGAUACUAACAUUUACGUAUUAGUAUAAAUUAGUCAAAUAGUGUUUAAAGAAACAGACGAAAUAUGUUACUCCUAGAAUACUUACUCGAGUAGUUUAAUGCGCGUAUCUGGAUUUGAUUUACGCGACAAGAUCGUUAUAGAACAAUGUGGGCUUCUACUCAAUAAUCUUACUGUGUUUAAUUCAAGUUUCUAGUCGGCGUGUACAAUAAAACGCACAAACUUACCUCGCAUAUCUUGCACACAGUCGUAGUCAGUUAUAUUUAUAUAAUUAUUUAUAUAAUUCAAUUCUAAGCUAUCAUUUGAGUUCAAUUGAACCUACUCAAAAUUUGAUCGGUUCAGCUGUUAUUGAGAUAAGAGUCUCUUUAACUAGUCGACUCCUGUAUUAUAGAUAAGUGAUGAUAUAUAUGAUUGCGUGUACACUUGACGCGGAUAUUAUAUCUCUUGAUAAAUUAUCUAUUAAUUAAUAAUUAUUUUAUGUAUCAAAGUAUGUGUUUAAGCGAUGCUGUCGCAAUUGCAACAAUUGUUAUAGAAAAUAUCUUAUAGAAAAUAUCCUAAAUCUUUAUUAGAACAUAGGACAUAUUACAUGUCAACAAGUUUACAUAACCGCUCGCUAUGCAUCGCGCAAUAUUUGUAUCGCAUUAUUUUACAGUUUUCGUAUUUGUAUUAUGUAUAAGAAAUUACGCCUGUGUUAUGUACGCGAUUGCGUUGCAAUUCCCUUAUUCCUUCUCUUCUUUUUUUUCCUCUUUUACCGCGCAACUAGUACGUGAUGGACACUUAUACGUCUCUUUGUAAAAUCAAUUCCAUUGAUUAAGCGUGCGUGUAGUAUUAAUCAUUCAUGAUUACAAAUUUUCUUAUCGAAAUAAUCGACAUCCGCGAUUUGUCCGCGUUGUUAUCGUAAUUGAAGAACAAAUAGAAAAACGCAUUUAUCAACGGACAAAACGGAAACGACUUAGGAUGGAGGGAGGAAGAUAAGAGGGUAAAAAUUAAAACUCAAAUCCUCCAUUUUUUGAGAAAAUUAUGGAAGAAUGUUCUAAGGAGAGAUAGAAUUAAAGAAAAGGGAUUUACAAUUAGUUGCAGUAACUUCGGUUAUUAAAAUCAGUCUGAGUAAUCUUUAAAAGGUUCUAUUUUCGUCGUUCAUUGUUUGUUAAAAAGCUAUUAUCGUAAUAUAUUGAUGCAUGCAAACAAAUAUUAAAUUUGAAUAAUCUGGAUUCUAUAUUACUUAUUGUAUAUUUUUCUUAUAUGUUUCAAGUAAAUGCAGAGAAAGAACCUGUUAGCAUUCAAAUCUUCUAAUCUAAUUUAAAAAAAUCUAAUUUUAAUGUAAAAUUUGGGAAUUUUGUUCAUAUAUUUAAAUAUGUAGAAAGAAUUUUCCAAUUUCAAAUUAAAAGUAGAUUAAGUUAAGUCAGAGAGGUUCAUUAAAAUAGAAAUGUUUAUUAAAAAGAAGAGGUGGAUGCCUCUUUUAUACUUUACAAUAAAUAUACAUAUAAUACAGAAUUCAUAAUUAAUAACACUUUAUUUUGUGUUAAUAACUUUUUAAUAAACAAUAAGUGACAAAUUAACGUGACAAAUUAACGAGUAUUCAAGUUCAUAAUGAUAUAUAUUAAGAUCCCAUCCGAAUUGGGUUCCUUUUUCCUAUAAUCUUAUACGCAGAGUUAACUAAAAAUCGUCAAGUUUCUAUUUUCAGAUUAUUGUAUAAAUGUAACAAAAAGAAAGAAACAAAUAAAUCUUAUCUACAAGAAUAAUAAUUUUUGAAAUUUCCGUAAUUUUAGGCCUGUCGUUUUAAUAACAUUUGGUAAAUCUAAAUGUAUAUCCUUCCUUCUUCUUCUUUCAAAAUUUAAAUACGGAGACCUAACGAUUGUUGCAUUCGUUUUUACUUCUUUAACCUCAUAUUUUAAUUAAAAUUUUUAACUGAACGCAUACAGAAGCAAUAAAAUCGCAAUAAUUCAACAAAAAAUUGGAGAACAUGAAUUUUGGUCUUAUAUCCCACAUGUUCCUCGGCGAGUCGUUAUUAUCAUCAUCAUUUCGGGAUCAAUCGGGAAGAAAGCGAUUAGAUAACGCGAUUACGAUACAUUGUAACAUAUAUGUAUGUUUCAAUACAAAUGUUUAUUACGAAAUUAUAGUGACAUCUGCGUAUCACAGGAGAGCUCAGUCAAUUCUUUAGAAACCACUCCAUUGUCAUGUUAUUAUAAAUGUUGUAUUCCAAUUAUA